AUGUGUGGAAUCUUUGGCUACAUCAACUACCUGGUGGAGCGGGACCGUGAGCAUAUUAUCAAUACCCUUCUCAAUGGUCUCUCUCGAUUGGAAUACCGUGGUUAUGACUCGGCUGGUAUGGCCGUUGAUGGUGACAAGAAAAAUGAAGUCUGUGCUUUCAAGGAAGUGGGCAAGGUCGCUAAAUUGAAGGAACUUAUUGCCGAUGCCAAGCCUGAUAUGACGAAGACCUUUGCUUCUCACGCUGGUAUUUCUCACACCCGUUGGGCCACUCACGGAACCCCUUCCCGACAGAACUGCCAUCCCCACCGAUCCGAUGCCACUUGGGAGUUUGCUGUGGUCCACAAUGGUAUCAUCACCAACUACAAGGAAUUGAAGGCUCUUCUUGAGAGCAAGGGAUUCCGCUUCGAGACUGAGACCGAUACCGAGUGCAUUGCAAAGCUCGCCAAGUACUUGUACGACCAACACCCUGACAUUGAAUUCACUGUCCUGGCUAAGGCCGUCAUUAAGGAGCUCGAGGGUGCUUUCGGUUUGUUGCUCAAGUCCGUGCACUACCCUCAUGAGGUCAUUGCCGCCCGCAAGGGUUCCCCCUUGGUGAUCGGCGUUAGAACUUCCAAGAAGAUGAAAGUGGAUUUUGUCGAUGUGGAGUACUCAGAAGAAGGUGCUCUCCCUGCGGAGCAGGCCUCUCAAAAUGCUGCUAUCAAGAAGACUGCCACCAGUCUCUUGGCUCCCCCUGACAAGUCCCUGCUGCACCGCUCCCAGUCGCGGGCUUUCUUGUCUGAUGACGGAAUUCCUCAGCCUGCUGAGUUCUUCUUGUCCUCAGACCCGUCCGCCAUUGUCGAGCACACCAAGAAGGUUCUUUACCUCGAGGAUGACGACAUUGCCCACAUUCACGAGGGUCAGUUGAACAUUCACCGCUUGACCAAGGAUGACGGUACUUCCAAUGUUCGUGCCAUCCAGACUAUUGAGCUGGAGCUGCAGGAGAUUAUGAAGGGCAAGUUCGAUCACUUCAUGCAGAAGGAAAUCUUCGAGCAGCCCGAGUCCGUCGUCAACACCAUGCGUGGUCGUCUGGAUGUGGUGAACAAGAAGGUUACCUUGGGUGGCCUGCGUCAGUACAUUUCCACUAUCCGCCGCUGCCGACGAAUCAUAUUCAUUGCCUGUGGUACCAGUUAUCACUCUUGCAUGGCCGUGCGUGGUGUCUUCGAGGAGUUGACUGAGAUCCCGAUUGCCGUCGAACUGGCAUCUGAUUUCCUAGAUCGUCAGGCCCCCGUCUUCCGUGAUGACACCUGCGUCUUUGUUUCUCAGUCCGGUGAGACUGCUGACUCCCUCAUGGCUCUUCGCUACUGUCUGGAACGUGGCGCUCUGACCGUGGGUGUUGUCAACGUGGUCGGAUCUUCCAUCUCCCUCCUGACCCACUGUGGUGUCCACAUUAAUGCCGGACCUGAAAUUGGUGUCGCCUCUACCAAGGCUUACACCUCUCAAUUCGUUGCGAUGGUCAUGUUUGCUUUGUCACUCAGCGAGGACCGUGCCUCCAAGCAGAAGCGACGGGAGGAGAUCGUCGAGGGUCUGGGUAAGGUUUCGGAACAGUUCCGAGAGAUCCUGAAGCUCAACGACCCCAUCAAGGACAUGUGUGCCAAGUUCUUCAAGGACCAAAAGAGCUUGCUUCUGUUGGGUCGUGGUGCCCAAUUCCCCACUGCCCUUGAGGGUGCUCUCAAGAUUAAGGAGAUUUCCUACCUUCACUGUGAAGCUGUGAUGUCUGGUGAAUUGAAGCACGGUGUCUUGGCCCUGGUGGACGAGAACUUGCCCAUCCUCAUGAUCCUCACUCGUGACAACCUCUUCACCAAGUCCCUGAAUGCCUAUCAGCAGGUGAUCGCCCGCAGUGGCCGCCCGAUCGUCAUCUGUAACAAGGAUGACCCUGAGUUCUCGUCUGCACAGACCGAGAAGAUCGAGGUUCCCAAGACCGUUGAUUGUCUCCAGGGUCUACUGAAUGUUAUUCCCCUGCAGCUAAUAUCUUACUGGCUGGCUGUUGGUGAGGGUUUGAACGUCGACUUUCCCCGAAACCUGGCCAAGUCCGUGACAGUUGAGUAA